UUUAGGUUAUUAACUUGUUAUUUUCUGAAUCCAAAUAUGUGAUUUAGUUUAAAUUAGAAUAAUUAUAUCAUUUAAUUGUAUUGUGGCAGAUUUUCACAUUAUAAUACUGUUAACGCAAAUGGAAGGAGUUUUAUUGUAUGAGUGAUUCAAUAUCUGAAUAUUAAUGCAGUUUACAGUCACGAUACAAGUCAAAUGUAACCAUUUGCUGCAAGUUUACAUGUUUUAUUUACAUUAUGUAAUUAUUGUGCUUUUUAUUUGUAUUUAAAUGUUUAAUAUAAGAAAAUAGAGAUUUUUCUCUGUGCACGUGGAGAAGCAGAGCGAUAAGAGAGUAGUUUUCCGGUGGUAGUGUGUUUUCACUGUACCUCUUUGUUUCCUUCACCUCAUGUGGGAUCGAGUUUCUGUGGUGUCUGAGAGGGAUAUCCAUUUGAGAUUUGCUACACAAAAAAGACUUAAACACUACAUCUAUAAAAUAAAAUAUUAAACAGGGCUUGACCCUUACUGACCCUUUUUUCAGGAGUGGCACAUGCGCUCUCAAGUUGAAAAAUUUUGGAGCACAUUAGAGAAUUUUACGAGCACAGUGAAAAUAUAUAAAAUAAAUAGUGAUUUUUCCUAAUAACUGUACACGAGGAUAUCUUUACAAGCAAAGCGGUUUCACUCAUUUAAAUGCAAUAAGUACAGUAGGUUUUAUUUUACUGCAACAACAGCUGAAAUAGUAUUUAAUAACUAUUCAUUAUUUAAGCUGUAUGGAGUUUAGCUAGCGGUCUACAGCAGGACUGGGAUCAAAUUGCUCUAAUGAAGGCCUCUCUAAACUGGUCUGUAUCAAGUCUUCAGUUGUGUACAUGCCUAGACAGCUUGUUCAAUUUUUGAUCCAGUUUCAAGCUGUAAAAUCUUUCACGCUGGACAACAGAAAUGGGGAGUUAUUUAGUUAAUAAAAAUGUGCAGUAUGGUUACUGCAAACAAAGACAUGACUAGAGCUAUUUAAUCUGUAUUUGUAUCAUAAGUGCCUGGUAAAAGUAAUCCACUAAAUUUAAAUAACAUUAAUAAAAUAAACAGGUGCUAUAUAUAUUACACAUGUAUACAGACACACAUUUAUAUACUUAGACUAGUCUGAGAAAAACGAAUGAAACAAAUGAAGCUGGCCGUAGUCAGACCAUGCACAUCCAGACUCUGAAGAGCCGGCGGCAGGUGUGCCUCGUGGCACUGGUCCCGCCCGUGCUGAGGCAGAGCGGCGAUUAAAGUCGUGGGGAUCGCAGCUCGAUCUGGCAGAGGGGAUGGAGACAAGCUCGAGGGCUUCUUCUCCUUCUACUGUGAGAUCGAGGUCCAGUCAGCGCGAGCUGGAAGCCUGUUCAUCGGCUUCUUCCUCUCGCGCUGAUGGGCGGCUGCUCCGCCUCCCGGCUUCUGAGGGAGUCGAGAGUAUGGAGGGCCUUCGGGGCCAAAAUGACGUUCCCCCAUUAUGCCCCGAAUAUGAUGAGCUGGCAGAGGUCCUGGCCAAUGUAACAGCUAAAUAUAAUAUUAACUGGGAAGUAGAGAGGCAGGAAGUGCGCAAAAAAGCUGGUUUGUGUGAUGAACGCAUCCUGCCAUCACGAGACAUGCCUCUGAGGGGGGGUCUUCCAUUUAACAAAGAUCUCCAAAAAGAGAUCGAUUCGGGCAGCCGCAAAGAGGAUCAGACUGGGCCAAGCCAUCACAGUCAAACAGUUCCAGAAGCUGUUGGGUCUACUAGCGGCAGCCUCCAACAUAAUCCCAUUGGGUCUGCUACACAUGAGACCAUUACAGUGGUGGCUCAAAACCAGGGGGUUUUCCCCAAGGGGAAAUCCGUUCCGCACAAUCAAAGCAUCGAGGCAUUGCCUACGAGCGUAAUCGAUAUGGAAAAAGCCCUGGUUUCUGUCCCAGGGCCCUACACUAGGAGUAAUAUCUCAGCGCCUGGCUCUGACAUCAGAUGCCUCACGCAAGGGCUGGGGAGGGACCCUGAGGGGCCUUCCCGCAUCGGGACAGUGGAGGGACCAUCAUCUCCACAUGCAUAUCAACUGCUUGGAGAUGUUAGCAGUGUUUCAGGCUCUAAGGCACUUCUUCCCUCAAGUGAGAGGUCACCAUGUGUUAGUGAAGACCGACAACACAUCGGUGGUCUUUUACAUCAACCAUCAAGGGGGUUUGAAUUCGCGCCCUCUGUGCAGGUUGGCGAAUCAAAUCCAUCUGUGGGUUCAGGGGAGGCUGCUCUCUCUGAAGGCAGCUUACAUCCCAGGUCCGAUGAAUGUGGGAGCGGACCUCCUGUCGAGACAGGGGUUGGAGCCUGGGGGAUGGCAACUACACCCAAAAGUGGUGGCGGCCAUUUGGCAGAGAUUCGGCAGAGCCGACGUCGAUCUAUUUGCCUGUCAGAAAACAACACAUUGCCCAUUGUGGUUCUCCCAAACACAUCCAGCACUUUUGGGGCUGGAUGCCAUGGUGCAGACGUGGCCGAGGCUUCGUCUGUACGCUUUUCCCCCAAUCGCUCUGCUCCCGGGAGUCCUGGAGAGGGUCCGUCAAGGGGGGGUACAACCUAUUGCUGGUAGCCCCUUAUUGGCCCACACGAGUAUGGUUCUCGGACCUAGUGUCUCUCCUCGACGGUCUCCCAUGGGAGAUUCCCGUCCAGAGAGACCUCCUGUCUCAGGCGGAGGGAAUGAUAGUACACCCCCGCCCGGACCUCUGGAAACUGUGGGUGUGGCCUCUGAGGGGGCCCACCUUGUAGAUCUUGGUUUGUCAACUGAGGUUGUUCAAACCAUACUAAGCUCCAGAGCUCCCUCCACGAGGAGAUUGUAUGCCACCAAGUGGAAACUUUUUACUUCGUGGUGUACAGACCACCACCUGGAUCCAGUCCACUGCCCUGCGGGGUCAGUGCUGCAAUUUCUCCAGGAGCGUUUUGAAUUCGGUUUGACUCCGUCAACGCUUGAAGGUUAUGUAGCGGCAAUGUCCGCAUACCGUACUGAUGGUCUUGGCAAAGACCCUCUGGUGGUCAGAUUCCUCCGUGGAACGAGGAGGUUGAGGCCUGCCUGCGCCAAUAGGUUUCCUACUUGGGAUUUGUCGAUAGUGCUUGAGGGCCUGUCGACAGCCCCGUUUGAACCAAUUGAGGAUGUGUCAGAAAAGUUUCUGACCCUUAAAACGUUUUUUUUUGUUGGCCAUUACAUCCAUCAAAAGAGUAGGAGAUUUACAAGCAUUGUCUGUAGCUCCCUCUUGUCUGGAAUUCUCACCUGGUAUGGUGAGAGCAUUUCUGUACCCCAGAGCAGGGUACGUUCCUAAGGUCCCCACUGAGGUUGUGCGACCUACUGUGCUGCAGGCCUUUAAACCUCCACCAUUUAUGACGCCAGAUCAGGAGCGUUUAAAUCUGCUUUGCCCAGUGCGGGUCCUAGAUGCAUACGUACAUCGUACGUCUGCUUGGCGUACAACACAACAGUUGUUUGUUUUGUAUGGCUCACCCAAAAUUGGGGCGCCAGCAUCUAAGCAGUCUCUGAGCCGGUGGAUAGUCGAGGCUAUUUCAUUAGCAUAUGAAGUCCUGCAUCGGCCUCUACCUGAGGCGAUCAGGGCUCACUCAACCAGGAGUAUGGCGGCUUCGAAAGCCUUUCGUGCUGUCAGAAUGGUUGGUCAGUGCCUAGAAGAAUGUGCCUGUGAAAUUUGUACGCAAGCCAGAAGAAGUAAGGGAAAUAAAUUGACUGAAGGCAACCGAGUUCAGAAAAUUCUUACUCUACAUGUUAUGGUAAAAAAAACCUGCUCGCCACUGAGGCAUAAAAAAACUGCUGCUGCUUUUUGUGGGAAUCCUAAUCGUUUGUAAUGACUAAUGCCUAAUUGGUGAUUACUAUGACUAUGUCAAUUAUAUUCUCCGACUUUUUGUCACACACAUUAAACAGCUAUACAGUCCCAGAUUCCUGUUAUAUAACAUCCCCUGUCUUGUACAUCUUGCAGAAGAUGCAAAACACCAUGGUGUACUUGACAACUUCAGUGCAUUCAUAUAUGAGGACCACCUUAACAAGCUGAAUAGAUUUCUACGGAAACCUUCAUGUGUGCUAAGCCAAGUUGUGAGAAGGUUCUCAGAACCUCAAAGCUGCAACAAAGAGGGACAAAACAAAAACAACCCAUCAAGGCUCAGAAAACCACAUGCUUGCUGGUCCUCUACCCGAGUCAUUUGUUGAGUUUCAUAUUUCAAAGAACUACAGUUUGCAAAGCCACAAAACAUAAUUUCAGAAAAAUUUGACAUUUACGUGGCCUACACUACUUUCAGCAAACAUUAACUUUUUUGGACUAUCCCCUUCUAUCUUCAGCACACGGUAUCUACCUUGUUGAUGUAAUUUCAGGACCAACACAGCUUUGCAAGAUCGAGAACAUUGAGGGCUCUUUCAGUUUAAAAAAACAAAUGUACCUCAUAGUGGAGUUCAUUCAACAAGGGAGUACCGGUCCUAUAUCAUAGUCUUGGUACUCAGAGAGUCACUCAUGGUGGCCUCCAUACAAAGAGAUGGACAUGCUAUUGAAGAGUGACUGGUUAAUGGAGGCACCACUACCAGAUAAAGGUUGGACCAAGGAUCAGGCCAGAAUUCUACACGAGUCGUUUAAGCAGGAUGAAGUACAUUCAUCUUUUGACGAGACUUCCCAAAAAUGGAAACAGGCUUGCUGAAAUGUCUGCAAAAGGAAUUCCCAAGUGCAGCUAUGAGGAAGCCUGUGCUUCCGUCUACAACAGAUGCAGAAGCAGAAAAACAUUUUAAAGACUAUCUCCGCUUGGCCCCAGGAAGAAUGGCCGCUUAAGCUUACUUUUAAUUUACUUUUUAAAUUGGUUUUGUUUGCUUCUGAAAAAAUAUAAACUAUAAUAAAUGAUAAUAAAAUAAAAUUUUACAAAUGAUUC